CCCGCCGUUUGACAGGGCGCGUAGCAGUGUCGUAGGCGGCGGGAGCUGCAGCAGCGCGCGCUGCCCCGGGCGAGAUCUUGUGAGAGGGCAGUUCUGCGGGCCUGACCCCGCGGAUCCUUCCCGGUCCUCGCGGACCGUCCACGGGCGGCAUCUCUCCGGCCGCCCCUUCUCCGGCCCCGGGAGAUCCCGGAGCUGUCGCGUCCGCUGCGCACGGCGCGCGCGGGUCUCCUGCGGUUUGUCGCGUUUCUGUGAGCACCGCGGGUUGCAGACCGCUGCGGGCCGACCGGUGGGGGCAGGGCCACCGCGGACCUGGUUCCAUUCCAGUUCCGAUCCUUUUGCCGCCGUCGAGGAGGCCUCCUGCUCAUCGGCCCUGCCGGCCCUGCCUCCGCCUGUCAGGCCUCGGGGAGCCGAGAGCGGUGGGCAUGGCCAGCAUCACCCAACUGUUGGACGACCUGUGCGAGGCUCUCCUGCCGGCCGCGAAGGCUCACCUGGGCCAGCGCGGCCCGAGCCGCAGGAGAGCGAAGCAGAGCCUCAAGCGGGUGGCCUACAACGCUCUGUUCGCAAAUCUUUUCCAAGACGAGGCUCCCAAGCUGCAGCCUGGCCUCCCAAGACUACCCGUGAAAAACAAGAUCCUCAUGCUGUCCUUCGACCUGAGAGUGGGCGGCCUGGGCCCCGAGGCCGACCGGCUAGAGGAGCUUGUGGAGAAACUAGAAGCAGCCCCUGGCUGCCCACUGGUAGAGGUGGGGUCGGCUUUGGACCUGCUGGUGCAGCUGGCGGGCAGUGGGCCCCCUCAGGCCCUGCGGCGUAAGCGGGACUACUUCUUCCACAACAAGCACGUCGGCAGGAACGUGCCCUACAGCGGCUACGACUGCUACGACCUGAGUGUGUUUGAGAUGGACGUGCAGGCUCUUGUCUCCAGGGAGGAGUAUUUGUGUCAGGACACGAUCCAGAAAGCACUUCAGGUGAUGGAGGCCACGCCGGGCACCGGCCUGCCCACUGCCCGGCUCUUCUCCUAUGGUGAGCCCUGUGGUGACAGGUUUGAGAGAGACACCCGGGUGUCGCUCUUCGGAGCCCUUGUGCACAGUCGCACCUACGACAUGGAGGUCCGCCUGGACUUGCCCCCGGUGCCCGACAGCGCAGACCUCUGUGGACUGGCCAUAAAGGUGCCUCAGAGUGUGGAUCCGUCCGAAGAUGAAGGGUUCCAGUCAGCAUCCAAUUUGACUCCCGACUCCCAGUCCGAGCCCGGCACGACCCCUGAGAUCGACCUGUGGGACGCGGUGCUCACCUAUGAGCCCAGCAAGCAGAGGUGCUGGGAGCAAGUCGGCUGCCCCCCUGGCCGCAGAGAGCAGCCCUACCUCACGGAGGCGGGAAGGGACGCCUUCGACAGGCUCUGCAGGCUGUGCCGCGAGGAGCUGCAGGUGCUUGGCGCGGGUCUCCCACCCGCCGCGCAGCCCGUCCUGGUGAAGGAGUGCGAGCUGGUGAAGGAUGCGCUGAACGUCUUGAUCGGCGUCGUGUCUGCCACGUUCCCCCUCUGCCAGGUGACUCAGGCCUUCGUGGUGAAGCGGGGCGUCCACGUCUUGGGCACGUCCCCCGAGAGCAUCAGCGGCCUCCUCGCGGAGGUGGCCGAGUGUGGGACCCACUACGCACGCCUGAGCCACUUCUCCCUGCAGCCUGUGCUGGACGCCUCGUGCGGCAGGGGCCUCGUGUUCCAGGCCUUCGCCAGCGGCCUGAGGAGGUACCUGCAGUAUUACCGGGCCUGCGUGCUCUCCACCCCACCCACCCUGAGCCUCCUCACCAUUGGCUUUCUCUUCAAGAAGCUGGGCCGGCAGCUCAGGUACCUGGCCGAGCUCUGUGGUGUCAGCACCUGCGGAGGAGGGCCCAGGGCAGCCUUCCCCACUGGGGUGAAGCUGCUCUCCUACCUGUACCAGGAAGCCCUGCACAGCUGCAGCAACGAGCACUACCCGGUACUGCUGUCCCUGCUCAAGACCAGCUGCCAGCCCUACACCAGGUUUAUCCACGACUGGGUGUACAGCGGGGUCUUCAGAGACGUCUGCGGCGAGUUCAUGAUCCAGGUGAAUAACGAGUACCUGGGCUGCAGAGACAAGUCUUACUGGACCCACGGCUACGUGCUCGUCUCCAAGGAGGUGGAGGACUGCGCGCCCGCGUUCCUGAAGCACAUCGCUCACGACGUGUAUGUCUGUGGGAAGACCAUCAAUCUGCUGAAGCUCUGCUGCCCCCGGCAUUACCUCUGCUGGUCCGACGUCCCCGUCCCCCGGAUCUCCGUGAUCUUUUCCCUCGAGGAGUUGAAGGAAAUCGAAAAGGACUGUGCCAUCUACGCGGGGCGGAUGGAGAGGGUGGCCCGCCACAGCUCUGUCAGCAAGGAGGAGAAGGAAUUACGAAUGGAAAUUGCUAAACAAGAGUUAAUCGUCCAGGCCCGAGAAGCUGCGUCCAGGGUCUUAAGUGCGCUGAGUGAUCGGCAGGUGUCUGCACGGAUGGCCUUGGACGCCCGGAAGCGAGAGCAGUUUCAGAGGCUGAAAGAGCAAUUUGUGAAGGACCAGGAGCGACGCCGGGCGGCCAGGCAGGAGGAGCUGGACGAUGACUUCAGCUACGCCCGCGAACUCCGGGACAGGGAGAGGAGACUGCAGGCCCUGGAGGAGCAGCUGGAGAGGAAGGCACGGCAGGCGCUGGUUGACCAUUACAGCAAGCUGUCUGCAGAGGCAGCUCGUCGGGAGCAGAAGGCGCUGUGGAAGAUCCAGAGGCACAGGCUGGCGAGCGCACGGGCUCGCUUUCUCCUAGAAGAGCAGGAGCGUAUUCGGGUCAUGCUGAAAGCCGUGUCUGAGGGAAAGCCCCUGGAGCCACCGACAGCCCUCCCGCGUGCACGGUCCCAGGCCUUGUCUCCAGGUCCCGGCGGAGGUGGCAGCUGCGAUUCUGGGUGUGCAGAGCAGCACGUGGCUGCCUGGGGUAGCCCGAGCAAGCCGAGCGAGCUGUUGCCACAGCCCCUUGAGCCUCCAGCAGCAGAGGCCCGCAGCUCGGAGCUGGGAGCAGGCUUGCAGCUGGGGCAGGCGGAGGGGCCACAUCUGUCCUCUGUGGGCCUCAGCGCCCAGGAUUUCCUGCCUUCGGGUCAGGGUGCUGAGCAGCCUGUGGACACUGAGGGGACCUCUGUCCUGGAGGAGGCUCUGCAGACCAUCGGCUCAGACCUGCCCGCCUCGGCUUCCUCUGAAGUGGCAGACGCAGGGUGCUCUGCGCCACAGGAGUACGAUUUCAGAACCGUCCUGAGGCCAGCUGUGGUCACCUCAGCCUCCCCUGGGUCCUUCCAGACUAUAGGAGACAACUUGGGCUCUGACGAGCUACAGCUGUGGCGGAACACUGACAUACGGCUGGACAGCUGUGUCACAGAUGGGUCGGUGGCUCAGCCUUACCCACACUUGCCCAGUAACAGCCGCCCCCAGGAGGGAAGCAGCCCAUCUGUGGGGCGGCCCCUUGGGCAGGUGUCAGAGGGUGGUAUUCUCACAGGGGGCUCUGCUUCCGGAACAGCCCCCUCCCGGCCACGGUGGAACGUCCACGGCCACGUGUCUGAUGCCAGCAUCAGGGUGGGGGAGAACGUGUGGGACGUGGUGCCCUCCCGGCCACGGUGGAACGUCCACGGCCACGUGUCUGAUGCCAGCAUCAGGGUGGGGGAGAACGUGUGGGACGUGGCCCCCUCCCGGCCACGGUGGAACGUCCAUGGCCAUGUGUCUCAGUCCCAGGUGGUGUUGGGGGUGCUCCCAGGGGAAGCCCAGCCUGAGGCACCCAGGCCCCUGCAGAGCCCCCCAGACCACGAGUCCCAGUUGGGCCUCAGCCCGGGAGCACAGAACCCUGCCUGGGAGGAUGAGUCAAGGUUGCUGGCAGGGCCGCCCUCUGAUGGCUGUGCUCAGGUGGCGGGCUCUGUCCCUGUGGAAGAAAGUGCCGUCCAGGCCUUGCCCUCCGCUUCGGCUGUGCCUGUUGCUCCGGAGGACAGCGUCUCUGAUGAGCCAGCCCAUCUGUGUCACUCAGGUCCAGGCAGGAGUGGGGACACCAAGGACUGCUCUCCAAGUUGGCCCUCAAGCUCACAGGAAAGUGCCACCGCCCAGAGCAGCCCAGACCCCAGCGAGGAGGUGGAGGAGGCAGCCGUGGCCAGGCGCCUGGGCAGGGAGCAGGCCUACCUGGCAGACCUGGUGGGGCAGUACCGCCUGGAGCAGUACCCGGACAGCUACGAGGCCAUGUCAGAGCCUCCUGUCGCGCGCCUUCUGCACCACGGGCUCCCCCGGGCCUUUGCCCUUCCCGAGGACGCCCAAGGCCUGCCAGACACAGAUGACACCAUGGAUGAGGCCGCCGUGCAGCUGAGCGAGCUGCUGCCACUGCCGGUGCUCAUGAAGCACUCAGUCACCGCGCCGCUGGCGGCCCACGUUGCCCUGGUGAACAAGGCGGCCGUUGACUACUUCUUCGUGGAGCUGCAGCUGGAGGCCCACUUCGAGGCGCUGCGGCACUUCCUGCUGAUGGAGGAUGGCGAGUUUGCGCAGUCCCUGAGCGACCUGCUGUUUGAGAAGCUGGGUGCAGGGCAGACGCCCGGGGAGCUGCUGAACCCGCUGGUGCUGAACACGGUGCUGCGCAGGGCGUUGCAGUACAGCCUGCACGGCGACUCCCCGCUGGCCGCCAACCUCUCCUUCGCUCUCAAGUUCUUGCCUGAGGCCUUUGUCCCCAACGCCCCGGACGUGCUGAGCUGCUUGGAGCUCAGGUACAAGGUUGACUGGCCCCUCAACAUCGUCAUCACCGAGAGCUGCCUGAGCAGGUACAGCGGCAUCUUCUCCUUCCUGCUGCAGCUGAAGCUCAUGAUGUGGACGCUCAAGGACAUCUGUUUUCACCUCAAGCGCACAGCCCUGGUGAGCCCCGCGGCCGGCUCCGUACAGUUCCGCCAGCUACAGCUCUUCAAACACGAGAUGCAGCACUUCGUGAAGGUCAUCCAGGGCUACAUUGCCAACCAGAUCCUGCACGUCACCUGGUGUGAGUUCCGGGCCAGGCUGGCUGCAGUGGGCGACCUUGAGGAGAUCCAGCGUGCCCACGCCGAGUACCUGCACAAGGCCGUCUUCAGGGGCCUGCUGACGGAGAAAGCGGCGCCGGUCAUGAACGUCAUCCACAGCGUCUUUAGCCUGGUCCUCAAGUUCCGCAGCCAGCUCAUCUCCCAGCCCUGGCGCCCUGCCAGCAGCCCCCGAGGUGCUGAGCACCCCAACUUCGCUCUCAUGCAACAGUCCUACAACACCUUCAAGUACUACUCCCACUUCCUCUUCAAAGUGGUGACCAAGCUGGUGAACCGAGGCUACCAGCCUCACCUGGAGGACUUCCUCCUGCGCAUCAACUUCAACAAUUACUACCAGGACGCCUGAAGCCCGCUCCACAGCAUCCAGCCUGGCUCUAGAAUCACAGCCCAGCUUUGCAGCAGCUGCAGCCCCGCCCCUGCCCCGUUUGGUCCCUGGAGAUGGUCUGUGGGCGGUGGGCCGGCCUCACCUGUACUCCUGGAGCCAGUCGGCCCAGCGACUCCUGUUCCUGUCCAGCAGCUCAGCUGGGCUCAGCUGCUGCAGCCGGGACUGCUGCUCCACACGCUCCAGCUCCUUUGUGACGUUGGCCCGGGUGCCGAUGAGUGCGAAGAGCUGCGGGUUGGACUGCGCCAGCAUCAGCAUCAUGGACAGCUGCCUGGGGGUGGGGUAUGAGUGUGUCCAGGAGGCUGCAGUGUCCUCACCCCAGGCUGUGGACUGUGGCCUGGGACCGCUGGACACCUUGAUGAAGGCUGUCCCAAGGAGGAGGAGGAAAUGACCUCAGCUGCCCCCGCUACCUGCCUGCCUACAGCCUGACCAGCGGGGAGCGCAGGCCCCACGGAGGCGGCCGAUGCAGGGGCACCAGCCGGCUGCCCUCCCUCGUUCAGCAGCCCCUCCGCGUCACGGGCAGAGCUACAGCCAAGGAGUGGAUUCCAGUGACUGGCUUGGGCAGACCCCUGGGGUGGUAGGGCAGGGUAUGGGACCACCUGGGUCCCAGAGGGGCCGGGGGUUUGCACCCUCUCUGCAGCCUGGCACCCACUUCUGUCCCGCGCAGCACUGGCUUACCUGGGAGGUCACUGCUGUCAGGGACGGGGCCUGCCAGCCGGUCGUCCCCACGUGCUCAGAGCCCUCAGCCCGUUCCCCACACUGCUGCACUAAAGUACCCCUGACUGCAGUCUGCUGGCUUGUCUGUCAAAACCCACAACCCUA